CGGUGGCCCUCAGUGUCCAGCUGGCACUGUGUGGAGAAGGUCGUGUUGUGUGUGUCUCGCGCUGGCACUCGUGACGAGGAAAAGGUGCCAGUCCGCGAUGAGUGAAAUGAUCGUGUCUUCGGGGAUGCAAUACUGAAUGAUUCAAAGAUAUGAGGGAAGGCCAAGGGGAAAAUCUCGGCGAUUGUGACGUUUUUGCAAUCGCUAGAAACUUUAUUACUGAAUUAUAAUAUUUGAAAAUGAUCAUAUUUUGUGGAAUGUAUCAAAAUAAAAUAAAGAAGUAAUCGAAAGUGUAACAAAAAGGAAGCAAGACCAGUGAUUUGUUGAAAUUUUGACAUUGCUCUAAUGGUGCAGUGAAACGUAUCAGGUCCAAAGUGAAGAGCCCAAAUUAUGUUCGUGCAAACACCAAGCUAUCGCCAACGCAAUGUUCUCGAAAGUAUUCAAAGUAGACAAGAAAUCCCGAGAAGUGGCAAACCAUCCUCGGCCGGCAUCGUCCAACGACCAGAGGCCGACGUACUACCCCCUUCUGCCCUCGUCGCUGCACGACCACAAGAAACGCGUCACCAUCCAUGACACGCGAGCUGAGACUCUGGACCAAGACCUCGACCUGCUGGAGCUGGUGUGCCGCAGCGACAGCCUGCACAAGAGGCUGGACGAGCUGCAGGCCAAGUACGAGAGAAUGGACGACGGAAUGCAAAACCUCUCGAGGGAGGCUCGUCUGAAGGAAAUUAAAUCGGACAAGAAGAACAGGCCGAUAUCGGGCUUGUUCAAUACCAUGAGGGUCUCGAAAUCAUUUGAGGACCCUGAACCAAAGAAGCCAGGCUUCUUCCAGAGGAUAUUCCGAAACAGACUAUCCAAAAGCGAAGAUGACUUGAAAGACGACACUACCAGCGCCCACAAGAGAGAUGCCACGACCGACGACAACUUUGGUGACGGAAACGAAACAACUGUGACUCCAAUCCUGAAAGAACGACGAUCUGCCAGUGAGGAUAUUUUAUCCACAAAAGACCUUUUGUUACGUCCUCCUGAUAAGCGCCAGAGUUGGAGCGCGGAAUUCUCCGAUCUAGGAGAGGGUGACGUCCUGCUGAUGCCGCCGCCUCCGCCGCCGCCCAACUUGGAAAAUUUGGGCAAGCGAGGCGGCCUCAAGAGGAAAAGGAUUAUCAAAGUGUACAAUCUGGGUCCAUUAGACCACAAGAAUGCGAGUAUGGGCUCCAGUGAGUCGUGCUGUGACUCGACAGACUCUGAGAUGGAGCUGCGAAGUGCGAACGAGACUCUUUUCAGGUCGCGCCAGACUUACGCCGGCUCCAGUUACCCGUCGCGUACGUAUCAGGCUCUGGACCAGCUUUACGAGGGAGCAUGUACUUACCCUCACUGUGAUUCGAUGAAUGGGUGUAAGAAUGUGUGCCUGACGUCCUACCGACACCUGGAUGUCGUUAACAACUCGGUUGAAACGGGAGAGCGGGAGGGAGGCGGCAGGAAAUACGAGCCUCCCAGCAUGCCGCGCCAUAACUCGUGGGCGGAGGGGAGGCGGGACACCGCCCGCGCCAGCCAAGAGGCAAGUGGGAAGGAAGACAAGCAGGAAGGCCCAGCGAGGGAAGACAGCGACGAAAAAGAAUUACACAUGUAUCAGAGCGAGGACAGCCUGCUGCAAGAGGGAAACAUCAGGAAGUACAGUGGAAAGAAAGAUGGCGUCAUGAAAGAGGCGCACGCAGUGCCUGGGAAGAAGCAGAUCUAUCAAGAAAUCGUGGAAAGUCGACCGCAGCCUUUUCACAGAGGUGCACAUGAAUAUAAUGAGAUGACGAGCAGAGACCUGGAAGCCGCGACGCUAGCCUUACGCUGCGGCCCUUACCAGCCUACAUCUCUCCCGAGUUUCCCAAGUAAUCAUAAUCUCCCAGAGCAGCAACCGCCUUGUCAGGAAUUGACUCUUUCCACGACUUCCAGUGCACAGGACCUGCCUCUUGGCGCCAGUUCCAGUAGUCAGGAAUUGAAGCUCUCGAGGACUUCCAGCAGCCGCGAGCUCACCGCGACAACCAAGCAGGACCUGCCCGCACGCCUCCCCACGACAGCCUCCAUCAAGGAGCUGGACCACUUCCUCUCCGCCAUCAUCCAGAACCUGGAGUCGCAGCUGCAGGCCGGGGGAAGUCUGAGCCUCAGGCACCCAACGGGGACAGCGGCCGCGGCGCAAAGGAAGAGGAGAAAGAGGAAGGAGGAGGAAGAGGACAUGAAGAGCGACGAGGAAGCGAAGAAAGAACUGCCAGUCCGUCAACCUAAUGAUCACAGGUGAGAACUC